AUGCCUCCACCAUCAAUGGAUAAGAUAAAUUUAGUUAUAUGUGCACACGUUUCUUACUUUUAUUAAUAUGUUUGUUUUUAUCUGGCUGUGUUUGUACGAAAAUCAUAGUUUGUUUUACUCCUCAGGAAAAAUGUUCUAUACAUAUAAUUGAUGCAAUAGACAAAUCUCAAAAAUCUAUAUUAGUUCAAGCAUAUACGUUCACUUCUAAGCCAAUUGCAAAAUCUUUGAUUCGAGCAAAGGAGCGUGGUGUUAGUGUGGCAGUUAUUUUGGAUGAGUCUCAGCUUAGCUCAAAGUACAGUGUUAUAAGUUAUUUGUUUGCACAAGAAAUACCAAUAUACAUAGACUAUAAACCAGCCAUUGCUCACAAUAAGGUGAUGAUAAUUGACAAUAAAAAAGUACUCUCAGGUUCCUUUAACUUCACUCAUUCUGCAGAAUUUAGGAAUACUGAAAAUCUGCUGAUUAUUGAGAAUAAUGAUAUGUUAAUUAGGAAGUACAUAAAAAAUUGGAAAAAUCGACAAUCUCACUCCAAGCUCUAUCAACCCGUGAAAGAGUAGUCAUUUGCAUUUUGAGUUGUUAAUCUUAAACUAAUCGAGCUCUUCCGAUAAAAUUUUUACCCUUUCCUCAAGUAUAGUACCUUUUUAUUAAUCCAUAUUCUAUAAUCUUAUCGUGAAUUUGCACUUUUAAAUCAAGCUUGGUUAACCACUACAUGAUAGUAAUGGUCUGUAUUAUCAUCGUUAUUAUUACUGUUAAUGGAACUUUUUAAUUUUGCAUAAAUAUGAGUUUGUUAUGUAAUGAUUAUCCAGCUUAUAUGCAAAAAUUUAUGAUUUUAACUUAUAUUUUUCUUCUGCUUCAACAAGCAGCUUUGUUAGCUCUCCAUAUGACUUCUUUUUAUUGUUUCUUAAUUCCAUUACAGCUGUUCUUCUAAGGCUUUUCGAUUACUAUCCUUGGUGGCAGGAUCUGCCCCUUGCUCUAAUAGAAACUUAAUAAAUUCCAAAUGUCCUUUAUCUGGAGUAGAAUGUAGCGCUAUCGACUUAAAUUUAUUAGCUGCAUUAACAUCGAUACCUCCUGCUACUAAAGAACUUUAUGACUUCUAA